GAGACAUCAACAGCUCAUUUCCCCCCCCAUUUAUCCCUCCCCAGUCGAGUUUUCGUUUCUGCCUCGAUAGUCACCAGCCAAGAUGGGUUUCGGGAUCAACAAUCCGCUGCCUGCGUCUAUGACCAGCGAGUGCAAGAAGGCUGCAAAGAUUUUGACAUCAUUCGUUGAUCCUAAGCAAUCAUUCGGUCCCGACAAGGUCAUUCCCCCAGAGAUUUUGGCCAAUGCAAAGGGUCUCGCGGUCCUCACGGUUCUGAAGGCCGGUUUCCUAGGCUCCGGUCGAUUCGGCUCCGGUAUCGUUGUCGCUCGUCUUGGCGAUGGGUCCUGGUCGGCUCCAUCAGCUAUUGCGACUGCAGGCGCCGGAAUUGGAGGACAGAUCGGGUUUGAGUUGACCGACUUUGUUUUUAUCCUCAACGAUGCCGCUGCUGUGCGCACAUUCUCGCAAGUGGGAACACUGACGUUGGGUGGUAAUGUAUCACUUGCUGCUGGACCGAUUGGCCGAAAUGCCGAGGCGGCUGGCGCAGCCAGUACAAAGGGCGUUGCGGCCGUCUUCUCCUACUCAAAAACCAAGGGUCUUUUCGCCGGUGUCAGUCUGGAAGGCAGUAUGCUGGUGGAACGCAAGGAUGCGAAUGAGAAAUUGUACCGCAGUCGCGUUUCCGCCAACCAACUUCUCACAGGCAGCGUUCGCCCCCCACCGGCCGCCGAUGCUCUGAUGCGCGUGCUGAACUCACGUGCAUUCCAAGGAAAUGCGCAGGCCUACGGUGACUCCAUGUACAAUGACAUUCCUGUCUAUGACGACAGCCAUGACGAUGUGGUCUGGGAGGGACGCAGGGGCGAUGCCUACGGUCAAGGUAGCCAGCGUGCUCGAUCCAACACCAAUGGAGACGAGUACGACUACCGCGAUAAGCCGCGCCGUGCGAACACCUGGGCUGAUGAUGUUUAUGAUCGCCCUGCCUCGGGGCUUGGUCGUUCUGCGACAACCCGGGGCCCUGCCGGCGAUUCAUUCGAUGGCUAUGGGCGCAACCGGAGCAACACUGCGCCAUUCGAGGAGGAAUACGUCUAUUCAGAUCGCAGACCUACCCGUCCAACUGCCCCUAAGCCAGUCUUCCAACAAAAGACUGGUGCAGCCCAAUUGCGAUCAGACCAAGCCGUUGCCCUUUUCACAUUCGAUGCGGAUCAGGAGGGUGACCUUGGAUUCAAGAAGGGUGAAAUUAUUACCAUAAUAAAGCGGACGGAGAAGGCGGAAGACUGGUGGACUGGUCGCAUUGGUGAUCGCGUGGGCAUCUUCCCCAGCAACUAUGUCGAGGCCUCUUAAGUUGAUACGCGUCCAAUGCUGGUCCAUGUAGCACACACUGUGACGAACUCUUGAUGCACAUUUCUCCGGGACUUGAUGAACAUACGUUCCCCCUCCAACUCUUGCCCUACAUAUAUCCUGGCGUAUACGGAUUCGUCAAAACCUUUUCUUUUCCAUUCCUUUAUUUACAUUAAAGUUGGUGCGAUUUACAUUCUUCAGCGUGGAGUUUCUCGUUCUCAUGCUUUUUUUUCCCCCUUCGGGGUGGGGAAUUGGGGAUACUGUCAUCGUGGAUCUUUUCGGUUUUAUGCAGAGCAUUUCCUAUCUGAUUGUGAUUUCCCCCAGAAUUUCUCCAGAAUUUCUCCAGAUUUUGUCCAGAGUUUAUUCCAUGUCUCAUAAGUCUCUUCUUAGUUUCUUAGGUUGAAUACACCUCUCAGCUCCAUUUGAGUGGCCCUGAUA